CCCCUACCCGUCGGCGCAUCCCACGGCACGACCUCGCUCCUCUUCCACGCACGCAAACCACCUCCCGGCCCUGCUUCACCGCCCCCCCCCCCCCCCCCCCCCCUCCCCCGCCCCGCCCCACCACCCAUGCCGCGCGCCCAUUCACCUCGGUGCCCUGGAUCCACCCACACGGCGAGAUCCACCCACCCACACCGCCGCGCCGGCCUUGAGAACUCCCCUGGCUCCUUUCCUCCCCGGUCGGUCGAGCACAACCGAUUUCCCCAACUGGAUCUGGCGGAAUCCUUCUCCACCUCCCUCCUCCCGCGCCUACCCCGGCCUCCCACCGGCCGCCGCCGUGCCCCCACCCCUCUACCUUUCUCCGACCACCCCCUGGUGCUGCACCUUCCCCCAACCCCACACCCCACCUUCUACGUCAGCCGCCACCCUCCCCCUCUUUCUCCAGUGCCACCCACGGCAAUGGCAAGAUCCGCCGCCGGCCCCGGCACGGCCUCAACCACCGGAUCCGGCCACCUCAGCCCCUCGGCGCGGCCUCAACUGUCGGAUCCGGCCACUACCGGCCCACGACGCGGCAUUCAACCAUCGGCCCUGGGUGCGGCAACCAGCCCCCCAUCUUCCCUUGGGCAGCUGUGAACUUCAUCUCCAUCACCGAGGAGCCUCCCCUCUCAUCUGGCCAGAUUCCAGCGAUCUCCGUCGUGCCAUAGCCUGUCUUGUGCCGGAUUCGGCCACCGGGGCCACUAGAUCCAUGGCAAGUGGAUCCCGUGCGUGCUAGAUUCGGCUGUGUUGCGCCCCUCCACGCCAUGCAGUUCUCUUCCCGUGAGGCUCGCCGUUCUUGAUCCCGAGCUCCAGGGCUCCUCAAUGACGAAUCUGAAGCACAACCGUGGCCGCUUGGAGGCACAGAAAAGGAGGGCAACGGCAGCACCGCCGCCGGACGGCCAGAGUCCUGCUCCUCCCCUUGUUCUCGUCCUUGUCUGCGUUCAGGCGCGGCUAUCAGCGUCAGCCGCUGCGGGCGUCACGUGCAACUCAGCCCAAGGGGUCGAGAAGUACAUCCCACGGGACAUCGCAGUACUGUGUGGAAUCCUAGUACUGGACUGGCUUGGUCUUUCAACGAGCUUCACCGUCGUCCGCCGGCGCGAUCCUCUGGAGCUGCGCUGGCAAGGGCUCACUGUUGCUUCUCAUUGCAGCUCAUUGUUGUUCUCCACCUGAUGUCUAGCAGUGCAGGUUGCUUCUCAUUGCAGCUCGGUUGGGUCGCCGGUGCAGUACACAGGCACGUGAGAGGACGACAGGCGUGUAGUUUGGUUUCGGCCGUGCAUCGCUCUGGUAUGGAUACGGGCGUCAUGCGUUUUACUCGAUUGUGCGCAGAAGGUUCUUGGACUCUGUUGGCGUGUAGUUUGGACAGCGGCUCGUCAGCUUGUCCCGUGUUUUGCAGCUGGUGCCACUGCGUGUGCAUUUUAGUAGUUGGCCGCCCCGUGUAGUUUAGUUAAUGUGUUUGUAUCUACAAAGAAGGUUUUUGUUUUUGAGCACGUACAAUGUAGUUUGGAGCAUGUGAACAUCCAGUGCAAAAUGGUGCAUUUUAUUUUUGAGGAGUUUAUGUAUAAAAUUACAGGGACUUUAUUUGAAAGUGUUCAGAAAUUGCAGUUUGGAGUAUCUGCA